GCUAAAAACUUGAACCAAACCCAAUGCCAACCCACCACUAUCCGUACACUUACAUCCUUCUGUAACCCAGCAAGUGGGAGCGUCUCUGUACAUGAUACUCUCGGAGAGAGGGAGAGAGAGACGCAGACCCAGGAUUCAUUUUCCCAAGGAUCAGUUAUUGUCCUCCACCUACUCCUUCGUUGUCAUAUCUCUCCCUCUUUGUAAAACUGAAGAAAUAAAGAGGAAAGGAAAGUUUUCAAGUUAAGGUUAGAUUGGUGGCAGAAACAUGGGAUUAAGCUCAUAGGGGGAGGAAAAUGUUGUCUCCUGUUUUGGUCAUAAAAGAGACAGAAAGAAGCUUAAUCAUGGUAAAUAAUUAGUAGCCGACGUGCACCCUGUGAGUCUUCACUAUGUCAAGGCAAGCUCACCUCCCUCCACGCUGCCCAAUUCAAAAGAAACCCAUUGCUGGCCCACUUCAUGACUCUGUCUUUCAACCCUUGCACAUCACUGAAUCAUACUCGCUGCACCAUAAGUCUUCCUCCCAAAGCUCCAUCCUAGAAGAGCAGCCAGCAUGGCUUGAUGACUUGUUAAGUGAGGCAGACUCAAACUCCAAAGGAAUGUCACAUCGCCGAUCAGUUAGCGACUCUAUUGCACUUUUGGAUGCUCUUGCAGACGCAUUUCCAAGUCUGACCCCUAGUAAAGAUGCUGAGAACUCGGUUGUUAAUGAGACUUGUAAUGUUUUGGAGUCAGCUUGUACCUAUGGUCCUAAUUCCCCUCGUCGUAAAAGCAAUUUAACCUCUGUAGAGAAUGCCUUAGUUUCAGCAUUGUCAGAAUAUGAUUCCCAGGAUUCUAUGCAUUAUGUAGAUGGGAAUCUUCACAAUUCUGCAAGUGCUCACUCUGAUUUGAAAGGAGAUGAUUAUCAUUCAAUCGUCGGGCUGAACACAGAGAAAAAGGAUUCAAAACGGCACUCUGGGCAGCGUUCAAGGGUUCGUAAACUCCAGUAUAUUGCUGAACUGGAAAGAACUGUAGAUGUUUUGCAGACUUUGGAAUUAGAUUUGGGAGUCAGAGUUGCUGCUCUUCUUCAGCAGCGUGCUGCUCUGUCCAUGGAAAACUACAAAUUAAAGCAGCAGGUGGCCAGAUUGCGGCAAGACAAAUUAAUCAUGGAACGUCAAUAUCAGUCUCUGAAGAAAGAACUGGAGAGAGUUAAAAUUGGUUUUGCAAAAUCUCCAAAUAGCAAGGUCAGCUCAUAUUUUGGGUCCAGUCCUGCUGCUGAGGGAUCUAGAUCAGAGGCUGCGUGGGAGAUGUUAGAUAUGGGAAAACUUAACAUUAGUUGAAUCUAAAAAUACUGAAUCAUGACUUUUAUAUUUGUGCACUCUGUAAGAUAUUGCCCUUUGCUUCAUCCCCAACAUGUUCGAAGCGGAUCCAUCCAAAGCUACAACAUGUUCUUUUUAGAGCCAUUUCUUUCAGUCUCACUCCUAAACUGUAGUCUUCAGAUGACAUGUGGUACUUGAUGUUCUGGCAACUAAUCUUUAUCAUGUAAAUUGAAAGUAAGACGAUCUUUUAUAGAUUUA